GUGCUAGUGUGUCACACUGAAAGCGCCCCGGCGGACUCUUCAAUGGAGUGUCUGUGAGCUGAAAGUUCGAAGCAAGAAAACAAACCCUAGAUUUAGAUUCAUGUAUCUACAAGCAAAGUCCACAUUUAAGCACUGCAGCAGGAAGGAUGUCAGAAGUUGUGAACCAGUCCUGUCUGGCGGGAGCAGAAGACACCAUCUCCUUCCUGGUGUGUGUCCUUCAUGCGUGUGAAGAGUGGGCGGGUCUAGGCCAGGUAGAGGACUACCUGAGUGUGUUGGAGUAUUUGUUGUGGGUCUUCACCCCUCUGGCAGUGGUCUUCAUCCUGCCCUUCCUCAUCGUCAUCCUCCUCUACCUCUCCAUACUCUUCCUUCAUGUCUACAAGAGGAAGAACCAGCUGCGGGAGGCCUACUGCAACAACCUGUGGGACGGAGCUCGGAAGACUCUGGCCACGCUGUGGGACGGACAUGGAGCGAUAUGGCACGGCUAUGAGAUCCACGGCAUGGAGAAGAUCCCGGCCCAAGGAGCGGCACUGAUCGUGUACUACCAUGGAGCCAUCCCCAUAGACUACUACUACUUCCUGGCCAAUGUCAUCAUCCAGAAAGGACGCACCUGUCACUCUGUGGCCGACCACUUCCUCUUCAAAAUACCAGAAGGUGUGUCUGGUGCAGGUUUCAAGCUGCUGCUGGAGGUGUUCAGUGUGAUGCACGGCCCCCAGGAGGAGUGCGUGCAGGCCCUGAGGAAUGGCCACCUGCUGGGCAUCUCACCAGGAGGUGUGAGGGAGGCUCUGUUCAGUGACGAGACUUACCCUCUUCUCUGGGGCAAACGCAGGGGCUUUGCCCAGGUGGCCAUCGACUCCCAGGUGACCAUCAUUCCCAUGUUUACUCAAAACCUGCGAGAAGGCUUUAGGUCUCUGGGCACACUCAGAUUCUUCCGCUGGUUGUACGAGAGGUUUCGUCUUCCUGUCGCUCCCGUCUAUGGUGGAUUUCCAGUGAAGUUCCGGACAUUCCUUGGCGAUCCGAUCCCGUAUGACCCGGACAUAACUGCAAAUGAGCUGGCAGAAAAAGUGAAACAGUCUGUCCAGGGUCUGAUAGACAAGCACCAGCAGAUCCCAGGCAACAUCCUGAGAGCUCUUCUGGAGAGGUUCCACAGCAAGUACAAAGACAAGUAACUCCUUCCCAGUCUUGGUGGGAAAUGAAGGAGCAGCACACAGCAGGUCUGAGGUCAAUAGAGAAGAACUGUUCAGGCACGGGACCUGCUGUGGACUUGGAAGUCCUCCAUUUAAAGCACCCGUGUCAAACUCAAGGCCAGUCACAUCAUUUAAUGUGGUCUGCCACUCAUUUAAAAUGGCCUGCCACCUCAUUUAAUGUGGUCUGCCACUUCAUUUAAUGUGGUCUGCCACUCAUUUAAAAUGGCCUGCCACGUCAUUUAAUGUGGCCUGCCACCUCAUUUAAUGUGGUCUGCCACUUCAUUUAAUGUGGUCUGCCACUCAUUUAAUGUGAUCUGCAACUCAUUUAAAAUGACCUGCCACCUCAUUUAACGUGGCCCGUCACAUUAUUUAAGUUAGCCUGCCACAUCAUUUAAUAUGUCCUGCCACAUAAUUUAAUGAAUGUGGUCUGCCACAUCAUUUAAUGAGGCCUGCCACUUAAUUUAAUGUGGUCUGUCACAUCAAGUCUGCCACUCAUUUAAAAUGGCCUGCCACCUCAUGUAAUGUGGUCUGCCACAUCAUUUAAAGUGGCCUGCCACAUAAUUUAAUGUGGCCUGCCACAUCAUUUAACAUGUCCUGCCACAUCAUUUAAUGAAUGUGGUCUGCCACAUCAUUUAAUGUGGUCUGUCACAUCAUUUAAUGUGGUCUGUCACAUCAUUUAGUGUUGUCUGCCAAGUCAUUUAAUGUGGUGGCCUGCCACAUUAUUUAAUCAGGCCUGCCACUUCAUUUAAUGUGGUCUGUCACAUCAUUUAGUGUGGUCUGCCACAUCAUUUAAUGUGGUCUGCCACAUCAUUCAAUGUGGUCUUCCACGUCAUUUAAAGUGGCCUGCCACAUCAUUUAACAUGUCCUGCCACAUUAUUUAAUGAAAAUGGCCUGCCACAUCAUUUAAUGAGGCCUGCCAUGUCAUUUAGUGUGGUCUGUCACAUCAUUUAAUGUGGUCUGCCGCAUCAUUUAGUGUUGUCUGCCAAGUCAUUUAAUGUGGUGGCCUGCCACAUUAUUUAAUCAGGCCUGCCACUUCAUUUAAUGUGGUCUGUCACAUCAUUUAGUGUGGUCUGCCACAUCAUUUAAUGUGGUCUGCCACAUCAUGCAAUGUGGUCUUCCAUGUCAUUUAAAGUGGCCUGCCACAUCAUUUAAAGUGGCCUGCCACAUCAUUUAACAUGUCCUGCCACAUUAUUUAAUGAAGAUGGCCUGCCACAUCAUUUUAUGAGGCCUGCCACUUCAUUUAAUGUGGUCUGUCACUUCAUUUAGUGUGGUCUGCCACAUCAUUCAAUGUGGUCUUCCAUGUCAUUGAAAUUGGCCUGCCACUUCAUUUAAAGUGGCGUGCCACAUCAUUUAACAUGUCCUGCCACAUUAUUUAAUGAAUAUGGCCUGCCACAUCAUUUAAUGAGGCCUGCCACUUCAUUUAGUGUGGUCUGUCACAUCAUUUAGUGUGGUCUGCCACAUCAUUUAGUGUGGUGGCCUGACACUUCCGUUAAAGUGGCCUGCCACAUCAUUUAAGGUGGUGGUCUGUCACAUCAUUUAGUGUGGUCUGUCACACCAUUAAACGUGGUGGCCUGCCACAUCAUUUAACGAGGCCUGCCACUUCAUUUAAAGUGGUCUGUCACAUCAUUUAGUGAGGUGGCCUGACACUUCCUUUAAAGUGGCCCGCCACAUCAUUUAAAGUGACAUUUAAUGUGGUCUGCCACUUCAUUUAACGUGGUGGCCUGCCACUUCAAUUAGUGGUCUUCCGCUUCAAUUAAUGUGGUCUGCCACAACAUUUAAUAUGGCCCGUCACAUCAUUUAAUGUAGUCUGCCACAUCAUUUAAUAUGGCCUGCCACGUCAUUUAAAGUGGUAUGCCACAUCAUUUAAGGUGGUCUGCCACAUCAUUUAAAGUGGCCUUGUGAGGGCAGCCAUAACUGCGAUGAAUAAGAAUCCAGUGUGUUUAGUUGGUGUUGUUGAAGUUGGACUUGAGUUCUGCUGACACGGGGGAACCAGAACCAGAACCAGGCCACUUGAAUACUCCCCUCAUGUGGAAGUGCUUUUAUUGUGAAGGAGUCCCAUUGUACUUGAUGAGACAUAGUACUGCAGUAGUACCUCAACUCAUCACUUCAAUGGAGCUUGUAACUCAAAACACUCUUAUCUCAAAGCAGCACUGGAACCAAUUAAAGUCCAUUUAAUUUACAUCCAAUAUUGUAUAAAACUACAAUAGUAAUAUUAGUAGUACUAUCUAUCUUUUACAUACAAUAUUGUAUAAAACUACAAUAGUAGUAUUACACACUAUCUAUCUUGGAGAGGGGAUUUCUAAAGUUGCUUCACCAUCAGCAACUUCUCCAAAAUUUUCAUGGAUAAAUGCAUGGAUAAUAUUUGAACCUCCUUAGCCUACUCUUUCUGCUUCACUAUCCAAAAAACAUGUAAACUGAGGUACUACUGCACUUACUACCCUGAUCAUUGUGUAACUUGGUAGUACUGCACUUACUACCCUGAUCAUUGUGCAACUUGGUAGUACUGCACUUACUACCCUGAUCAUUGUGUAACUUGGUAGUACUGCACUUACUACCCUGAUCAUUGUGUAAGUUGGUAGUACUGCACUUACUACCCUGAUCAUUGUGUAACUUGGUAGUACUGCACUUAUUACCCUGAUCAUUGUGUAACUCGGUAGUACUACACGUAUUACCCUGAUCAUUGUAUAACUCGGUAGUACUGCACUUACUACCCUGAUCAUUGUGUAACUUGGUAGUACUGCACUUACUACCCUGAUAAUUGUGUAACUUGGUAGUACUGCACUUACUACCCUGAUCAUUGUGUCAC